AUGUCACCAGAAUUUUAUGACGAGUACUUGGCUGACUACUUAACAAAAAUAGGCAUGGAUCAAUUACCACAAACUAGACCAUUGUGGGAAAUUCACAUAGUUAAGUACCCAACAAGCAGUGCAGCAGGGAAUGUGAUAUUCAAACUUCACCAUGCUCUGGGUGAUGGCUAUUCUCUCAUAGGAGCUCUUCUUUCUUGUAUGCAAAGAGCUGACAAUCCUUCUCUUCCCUUGACGUUCCCUUCGCGUCAAUCGAGCUCCAAACCUAAACGUGAUAGCGUCAACAUUUUCAGACGUGUACCGCGAAUUUUAUCUGGUAUGAUCAACACUGUAUCAGAUUUUGGAUGGAGCAUCUUGAAGAGCAGCGUUGUAGAAGAUGAUCGGACACCAAUCAAAUCCGGAGAUGAAGGGGUUCAGUUCCGCCCUGUCAAUAUAACUACCAUGACAUUCUCUCUUGAUCACUUAAAGCAAAUUAAGGCCAACCUUGGUGUGACGAUAAAUGACGUGAUUACCGGAAUAAUCUUCCUUGGAACUCGAUUAUACAUGCAAGCAACAAGCCAUGAGUUGGGUGAUGCAGAGUCUACUGCACUGGUGGUGCUCAACACCAGAGCCGUGGCAGGUUACAAGUCAAUAAGUGAAAUGCUUAAACCUGAUUCUGAGAUGCCAUGGGGGAACAAUUUCGGAUUCCUGCACAUUCCUAUACCCAAGUUAAGUGUUGCUGAAUCUUCAGACCCUCUCAGCUUUAUUCUCAAGGCACAUCAACUCAUUAAAAGGAAAAGGAACUCUUUUGCUGUUCACCUCACUAGUACGUUACUGGAGGCCAUGAGAAAACUAAGAGGUCCAGAGGUAAAUUUUAUUAAUUAA